AUGGCUGCGCCAGUAGUCACGGUUUCCGAGGGCAAGGAGCUCCGGGGCAUCAGCCUCAUCGCCGCACACUCCCAUAUACGCGGCCUGGGCGUUGAUGCCGACACUCUGGAGCCCCGUUCAGCUUCUCAAGGUCUCGUCGGCCAGGCGAAGGCCCGCAAGGCUGCCGCUGUGAUACUGGAGAUGAUCAAGCAGGGCAAGAUUGCAGGGCGCGCAUGUCUGAUCGCAGGCCCGCCGAGCACAGGAAAGACCGCCAUCGCCAUGGGCAUGGCUCAAUCUCUCGGCCCCGACGUCCCCUUCACAUCCCUCUCCUCCUCCGAGAUCUUCUCCCUCGAGAUGUCCAAGACCGAGGCACUCACCCAGGCCUUCAGAAAGUCCAUCGGCGUGCGGAUCAAGGAGGAGAGCGAGGUUAUGGAGGGCGAGGUGGUAGAGAUCCAGAUCGAUAGGAGUCUCACCGGCGGAGCCAAGCAGGGGAAGCUGACCAUCAAAACCACCGACAUGGAGGCCAUCUACGAUAUGGGUGCGAAGAUGAUCGAUGCCAUGACCAAAGAGCGCGUGAUGGCCGGCGACAUCAUCUCGAUAGACAAGUCAUCCGGCAAGAUCACCAAGCUUGGCCGCUCCUACGCACGAUCGCGUGAUUACGAUGCUAUGGGUGUUGAUACAAAGUUCCUGCAAUGCCCGGACGGCGAGCUGCAGAAGCGGAAAGAGGUCGUCCACACGGUCACGCUGCACGAGAUCGAUGUCAUCAACUCUAGGACGCAGGGCUUCCUCGCCCUCUUCUCUGGAGACACGGGCGAGAUCCGCAGUGAGAUUCGGGACCAGAUCAACACCAAGGUUGGCGAGUGGAAGGAGGAGGGCAAGGCUGAGAUAGUGCCGGGUGUUCUGUUUAUCGACGAGGUCCACAUGCUGGACAUCGAGUGUUUCUCGUACAUCAACCGCGCGCUGGAGGACAACCUGGCGCCUAUUGUCAUCAUGGCGAGCAACCGCGGCCAGUCCCGCAUCCGAGGCACCGACUACAAGAGCCCACACGGCCUGCCGCUCGACUUCCUCGACAGAGUAUCCAUUAUCCAGACGCAGCCCUACGGCCAGGAGGACAUCAAGCAGAUCCUGUCGAUCCGCGCCACGGAGGAGGAGGUGGAGCUGUCUCCAGACGCGCUCGCUCUGCUGACCAAGAUCGGCCAGGAGGCUGGUCUGCGGUACGCCAGCAAUCUCAUCACCACGUCACAACUCGUCGCCACGAAGCGGCGCGCGAGGCAGGUUGGUGUGGACGACGUCCAGCGCAGCUUCAAACUGUUCUACGACCCUGCACGGAGCGUGAACUUUGUGGCGGCCUCGGAGAGGCGGCUCAUAGGCAACGACGGCGCGGUGGAUUUUACAGCUACUAACGGCAGUGACGGCGCGGCGAAUGGCGGAGAGAAGAUGGAUACCACGUAAGGAAAAGAGGUCGACGGGCUUCGGAGGAGAAAGACGGGAGGCAAGGCGUUUUCGGUGGGGGGCAGAAAAUCAAAAAGCUUCUAUAAUGGCACGGAUAGGGGUUCCUUGUGUACUAGAUGAUUCACUGUAAGUUCUCGGACGGCGUAAUACGGAUUAUCAGAUACAACA